AACUAUAAUUUUCCAUAACUCAAACAAAAUAAUAUAAAAUAAAUAAAAUAAAGAUAAAAUCUAAAUUUAUCAGUAAAUUUCUAUUACCUUGAACGAAUAAUUAAUACAUCGUUUCCCCCUAUAACUAAAAAAGAGUUGUAAUAUUUAUUCAGAGCCUGAUUAUUCACCAUUCAGUUGAAUUCUGGAAUUUCUUUUGGAAUGUGAUUCAGAUUCUAUUAUUGGAGCUAAAAUACUUUAUUUUUAAAUUGAAAAUACUUCCUCGCAAGGUCAGAAUAUUAAAUUGUGGCAAGUUUUUUAAACUUUCGUAAAAAGAGUCUACAAUGGCAGCAACACACAGGCAAAAUCCUGAUGGUACAGUUAAAAAAUGGUACAGAAGAGCUACACAAAGAAUUUUUGUCAACAGAAGUCUUCAUUUGGAAAACAUUAAGUUUUAUGGAUUCGAUAUGGACUACACCCUUGCCGAAUACAAAUCGCCUCACUAUGAAAAAUUAGGCUUUGACUUGAUCAAGAAACAUAUGGUUUCCAUCGGUUAUCCACAAGAAAUAUUAGAGUUUGAAUAUGAUCCUUCUUUCCCUGUAAGAGGCCUCUGGUUUGAUACACUGUACGGAAAUCUCUUGAAAGUGGACGCGUACGGAAACAUCCUCGUUGCAGUUCAUGGAUUUGAAUUUUUAAAACAUUCGCGGAUUUACGAACUGUACCCUAACAAAUUCAUAACCCUAGAUGAGUCGAGGGUCUAUGUGUUAAAUACGCUCUUCAACUUACCAGAGACUUACCUGCUCGCAUGCCUCAUCGAUUUCUUUACUAACUCGCCUGAUUAUACCAAAACGGAUACCGGUGUCAAGUGCGGUGAGCUGUUGAUGUCUUACCAGUCAAUUUUCCAGGAUAUUAGAAAUGCGGUGGAUUUUGUUCAUCUGAGAGGAGAGUUGAAACAACGCACCAUAGAAAACUUGGAGAAAUACGUGAGGAAGGACGAGAGGUUACCAACAUUUUUGGCAAGACUUAAGGAGAGUGGAGCAAAGACUUUUUUGCUUACCAACAGCGAUUAUAAUUUCACGGAUAAUGUCAUGACUUACUUGUUUGACUUUCCGCAUGGAGCUAAGCCGGAUGAGCCUCACAGGAAUUGGAAGAGCUACUUUGAUAUUGUGGUGGUAGAUGCUUGUAAGCCUCUGUUUUUCGGAGAAGGCACAAUUUUACGUCAAGUGGAUACCAGCACUGGGGCUCUAAAAUUGGGAAUUCAUACAGGGCCUUUCCAGAAAGACCAUGUUUAUUCUGGCGGAUCUUGCGAUGUAUUUACUAAAUUAAUUGGCGCAAAAGGUAAAGACGUGUUGUACGUCGGUGACCAUAUUUUCGGUGAUAUUCUUAAAAGCAAAAAAAUCCGAGGAUGGAGAACAUUUUUGAUUGUUCCGGAACUGGUAAGAGAACUGCAUGUAUGGACUGACAAAUGUCAGUUGUUCAACGAACUGCAAACUUUAGAUGUCAAACUUGGAGAAAUGUAUAAAAAUUUGGACAGUAGCACCAAAGAGAAGCCAGAUAUUUCAAAAUUAAGGUCUGCUAUAAGGGAGGUAACUCACAAAAUGGACAUGUCUUAUGGUAUGAUGGGCAGUUUGUUUAGAUCUGGGUCUAGGCAGACCUUCUUUUCCUCACAGGUUGUGAGGUACGCAGAUUUAUACGCAGCCACCCACUUAAACUUGCUGUACUAUCCUUUCUCGUACAUGUUCCGUGCUCCUGCCAUGCUUUUACCCCACGAAUCUACAGUUGCGCACGAGCAACAUUUUGCUCCUGAAUUAGUUCCCGAACUGUAUGAUUCAGAGGAGGAUAUGAUGAAGACUAAGGCCCGUGAACAAUAUACUGAAAUUAUUGGUAUGCAAGUUUUUAGACCCUGCGGUAAAUUUCCUAUGGCUUUCGAAAGGUCCCAAAGUCAAAUUCCGCAUAUCCGUCCAGAAAAACCGCAAAGUGUUACACACAAUCACGACGAAGAUUUCAGCGAUGAGGACAGCGACGAAAAGAAUACGUCUACAAAAUCAAACGGCGCAGAAAAAUAAUGUUUUUUUCGUGCACCUGUUAAAUUCUAAAAAGCAAACUUUAUUAUAAUAUAUUUGAUUAGGUUAUUUGUUUAUUCGUCUAGUAAUUUUUAGGGAGUUUGUAACAAACGGUUCCGUACAUUUAAAGGAGCAAUAUUUCGGAAUCCAUGUGCUGUAGCAUUUAAUUAGUUAUUUUUUCUACAACUGUGACGUUUAUACCACAGUUAAUGCUAAGAGAUUUGUUAUCUAUUAUUGAACAAGAUGGUUUAAAAUAUAUUUGUUUUUACAAUUAUUUACACAUUAUCGAGAUAGUUGCUAUGUAUUAGUAUACAUUUUGCUCAAGUAAUAAAUAUGUAUACAUCGAUUUAAUAUAUACAUAAACUAUAAAAUACUAUAAAAAUUUGGUAGAUAAUUUAUUGGCUUGUUUGAAAGUUGCGCACACUAAUUUUUUGUCGUCCCCUGCAGCUUUUACGGGGACUAGUCUUUUAGUAUUUAUUUUAAUAAAUGAUAUAUCUUUGUUUUAAUUAUUUCAAACUUUUAUUUGUAUAUAAGAUUUUUUAAAUAAAAUAAUAACAUUUA